AUGAAUAUCUCAAAGAGAUUUUUUACUAUUUCUAACCCAACUCAUAUUUUUCUUCGUUUAUUACAACAAAAGGUUGAUCAAACUAUUCAAUUAGAUCCUCGUCGGGAUUAUCUCCGUUUACAUGCUAAUAAUAAGACAUAUGAUUUUCACUAUUUUUGGCUUCGUCAUAAUUGUAAUGCUGUUCCACAAUCUCGUCAUCCAUUAACAAAUGAACGAAUAGUUGACUGUGCACAUAUUUCACUUGAUCUUCCACCAACAUCUGUCAAAUUAAUUGAAGAAAAUUCUAAAGUAGAAGUUCAAUGGCCACCAAAUUAUAUCACUAUAGCACCAAUAUGUAAAAAUUCUUCCUCGUCACUUGUUGACUCACAUACAAGUACAUACUCUAUUGAUUGGUUAAUAUCGAAUGCAUAUGCCGUGGAUCGAAUAGACAAUGUUCAACCAGAUUAUGGAGAUAUACGAAAAGUAGAAAUUGACUAUAAAAAUUAUAUAAAUAAUAAUAAUUUAAAUGACUAUUUUCGUGAUUGUUAUCAACGUUUAAAACAGUAUGGACUAGUAGUGGUAAGAAAUAGAGGGUUGGACACAGAAACAGUUAUUCGUGAUUUUUUGCCCGAUAAUUGUCAUGUUUUUGAGUCACAUUUUGGUGUUAUCGAAGAUCUUCGAACUGAUAAUAAAACAAAUAAAAAUACCGAUCAGUUAGGUUACACAAAUUCAGCUGUCGAUUUACAUACUGAUCAGCCGUUUAUUGAUAAUCCACCAGGAAUGCAAAUGCUCCAAUGCAUUCAGAAAGCAGAUAUCGGUGGAGAUAAUCACCUAGUUAAUUCUCACAAAGCUGCACUCUACCUCCGAGAAAUAAAUCCUGAAGCUUUUUAUUUACUAUCAACUGUAGCAGUAAAAUUUCAUCGAAAACAAAAACAAUUUGAAAGUCUUCAUGUUGGACCAAUAAUUGAAUUAGAAGAAAAUGGUAAUGAUAUUAAAAAAGUUCGACAUAGUUAUUUUACAUUUGCUACAUUUCAAUAUCCAUUUUGGUUAAUGAAUAGUUUUUACAAAGCCUAUCAAGCAUAUUCAACAAUAUUAAAGGAUGAAAAAUAUACAUUUAACGUGUUAUUAGAGAGUGGUGAUUUUUUACUCUAUGAUAAUUAUCGAAUGUUACAUGCAAGAAAAGAAUUUCAGGGAGAGCGAUUUAUGAGAGGCAUCUAUUUUAAUCAUGAACAGGUAUGGACAAAAUUGGAGUUUGAAAUGAACAAAAAAUAG